AUGGCUGAUAAUGAGCCAGCAAUGGCGACGAAACAGCAUAACGCCGAACUAUUGCCACCGACGCGAACGACAUCUGAGCCACCUUUGUACAAGAGGCUUGGGAAUAUGGUGAUUCCUCCUUUACAGUCUUCAUUCUCAUUCUUGAGUCCCGGUGGUACUUCUGAAGAAGAUGAGUUUCCCUUUGAAGAUUCAAACAAUUCAACUCCGCGAGAAGAUGAAGAUGACAAGGCCACAGGUUUUGGUGAAUUGAAGCCACUCAAUCAAUUCUUCAACAUGCUAACGGCUACACUGGUCCAAUCUGGUCAUUGUUUUUUGAAGCAAUUGCGCAGUGGUGCCGGUCUGCCCGAGCCCGGGUUGCACCGGGCAAGGUCUCCGCUGUUGGCGUAUGGAGUAUUCGACUAUGAGAGUGACGAGGACACUGAAAGCGAUACGGCGGAUGACUCUCUGGUGAAAGAGAAUGGGCCACAAAAUGAUUCAAAAGUGACAAUUGUGAAGGAUGCUGACUCAGAACUGAAACCAAUGGAAGAACCAGCUCCACGAAUAUCAACCUCGGACACUCGCUCCUCCUACAAUGAAGACUUACAUUCUGACACUUCUGCAGACACCUUUCAUGACGCAGCACUGCGAAGACUGGGCCUCUUGGAUUUCGAGAAGGUUGCUCCCACGGCAGAGUUUGAAACAAUCCAGGAAAAUAGCUUUGAGUCUAGUGCUCUUGAUGACACACUGGACCAAAGAGACAGCAAGUUGUCUGUUUUCCAGCAAUCCAUACUUGACAACUUAGACCCGCAAUUGAUACACGAGGGAGUGUUAAUUGUUCAUAACGAAAAGAAGGACCACCUGACGACAGAAAACAAAGACUCCGAGUUGUACAAGCGCAAAGUUCGGGACCUUCGCCUAAAGAUAGCUGACAAGUUGACUUUAGUAUUUCAACUCAAAGAUAAUGAGUACUUUUGUGGUAACUACAAUGCUUGGCUCGCCAAAGACGUUUUGCUCCAGGGCCACAUUUACUUGACCCAUAAGAAUCUCCUCUUCUUCUCGUUUCUUCCCAAGAGAUAUCUGCACGAUAAUAUGACUGACAGCGAUGGUUUUCAGCUGGUGGACGAUUCUGACGACGUCGUCCAGGCGGGUACGUUGAGCAUGCGGAACCCGAACUUUACUGAUCAAAUUCUUUCUGGACCCAUGGCACACCGGUUCUGGGUAAUUCUUCGGCUGGAAACCUUGUCGGUUUAUAGCUCUGCAGUGGAUCUUUACUUUCCCACGGUGGUAAUUGAUCUCAAAGAUUGCAUUCAUGCCGAAAUAGAAGAUCUGAAAGCAAACCGAGAAAUGGGUAUAACCUCCCCUCGUUGUGGCUUUGGGAAAUACUCGGAAACAGCGACACCGCGGUCGUACGACUCUACCGUUGAUGAAGAGUCAGAUAUUAGCAGCUUUGUUGCACAGGACCAAAAACCAGAAGAAAAUCCUUUGACGGGUGGGGUGUGGAUACGUCUACAAACUAAGAAGAGAACUUUUCGAUUUUGCGCAGAUAAUCAAUUUUCUGCCAGAAAAUGGGUCAAUAAUAUCACUAAAGUGGUAUUUCUGUUACAGAACUCGAAUGCUCGUAAUGAGGUGCUUUUCAAGGUGCCUAUACAGCUGAUCGAUAGGAUCGAGAAAAACAUCUUGUUUGACGUGGCCAAUAACAGCGAAACCGACGAGGAACCAACGAUAUCAGUCACUAUAAUCUAUACUGUCAAUCAAAAACGGCUACUGACUACUAGGAUGAAAGAGCGACUUUCGAAACAGUCAAAAGGAGACGACGAACAAACUGUCAACUCCAAUCAACGAAAAAUCCAUUUGUUGUUCUUCCAACACGGUGCAAAGUUCAUGGAGGCGAUAUCUUGCUUCAUGCUGGCUGAUCAAGAUGCCACUAGUGAUGUUCAAACUAUGUUUUCACGAGGCUCUGAUCCCUCGCUGAAAAUCUCCAUGGAAUCAGAAAGUAUUAUAAACCGUGCUAAAACCCCUAAACGCAAAGUUCUGCGUGUUGACUCUCGAUCCGAUCAAUCAAUAUCGACUCUUUGCGAUAAUGAUACAAAUCAACUACUCGAGCAGCUCUUUGUGGGAUCCUAUGGGAGCACCCCUACGUUGACGCCUACAGAAACUAAUAAUGAACUGUCGACAAUCAAAAAGAUUGGCAAGUCAUUGGCUUCUCCUUCAAGGCUCUUUAGUAGGAGUAGGUCUUCAUCAUUUGCUGACGAGAAAAGACUUGAAUUCGUUGAGUCUGGAGGACUUGAUGUCGCUUGGCAACUUCCACGAAAGCUAUCACUUACGGGUCUUAAGAACAUCAACUUCUCCUUUGAAGCAUCUCAGAAGCAGGUUAGUGAGGCGGCUGCUCGUUAUAAUGAAUUAUCUGAUGCUGAAACACCUGAUGAAUACGUGAAGUCAAAGUCAGAGAUACUUUCCUCUCAUACAGCUAUGCCGACUCCAUUGAAUUUCGGUGAGGCAUCAGAGUACGAGCAAGCGAUGCCAAAGAAACUGUUGGGGUUAAAAACAUUCAGCAAAAGUAUCAAGGCCAUAUCUGGAAUGUCUGGCAUUUGGUCGUCUAAUCCCACACAUUAUGAAAAGAAAGACAACGAAGACCCAUACUAUGAAAAAGACUCAUCAUUCCGGGAAAUCUCCAAUAAAAACUUUUUGAAUCACUUUUCUUUCAACAUGGAGAAAAGGCUUGUUGCCAGCUAUACAACUCAUUUACAACGUUCACUCCCAGUCUAUGGUAAGCUAUAUUUGGGCGACUCUGAUUUAUGUUUCCGAAGUUUGCUUCCCGGGGUGUCUACCAAAAUGAUACUUCCACUCAAAGAUUUAGAAAAUUGUUAUAAAGAAAAGGGAAUAAAACUUAAGUACUCUGGGUUGGUGUUGGUUAUACGAGGGCAGGAUAAGCUUCUUUUGGAGUUCGGUUCUCAAAAAAGUCGUGAUGACUGUGAGGCCAUGAUUUUGAGGCAACUUGAAAUUCUUCAUGGAAGAGAAAAUUGGAGGCCCGAACCACACCAGUGGGGACCUAAGUACAUUCCUGAUGAGGUACAGGCACCAGGCAUUGAGUGGAAAAAGGACAUGGAGAUGAUGCACAUACGAGCUAAGCAAGCAAGAAGGCGGCGUAUCAAUCAAGCGAGAAUCCAAAUGUUCGAGGAGAAGCUUAAUGCGGCUAUAGGCAUGGAUGUCCCAUUGCUAUUAGAAGAUUCACCACUCAUCAAGACCGAAGUCAGACCUUCUACUUCUUUUAAAUUCACACUUUUGACGAUUGGAUCGAGAGGUGAUGUUCAGCCGUAUUUGGCUCUAGCGAAGGGUCUUCAAGAAGAAGGACACGAUGUAACAAUUGCAACUCACUCAGAAUUCAAAGAAUGGAUUGAGGGACACAAUGUGAAAUUUCGUGAAAUUGCUGGUAAUCCGACAGAACUUAUGGCUUUAAUGGUAAGACACGGUUCUAUGUCUGUGACGUUUAUCAAAGAGGCUAGUUCCAAGUUUCGCUCUUGGAUAACGGAGCUUUUGUCUUCUAGUUGGGACGCUUGUCAAGGAACCGACAUCUUGAUUGAAAGUCCAAGCGCUAUGGGAGGAGUUCAUAUUGCUGAAGCCCUUGGAAUUCCAUAUAUGAGAGCUUUCACAAUGCCAUGGACAAGAACGAGAGCCUAUCCUCACGCAUUUAUUGUUCCAGACCAAAAGAAGGGUGGCUCUUACAACUACUUGACUCACGUUAUGUUCGAAACCCUUUUUUGGAAAGGGAUAUCUGGUCAAGUGAACAGAUGGCGCCAGAAUGAGUUGGGAUUACCACGCACAAGUUUACUCAAAUUACAGCAAACCAAGAUCCCGUUCCUAUACAAUAUCUCCCCCUCGAUAUUUCCUCCAUCUGUCGAUUUCCCAGAUUGGGUCAAAGUGACAGGAUAUUGGUUCUUGAAUGAGGGAGGUAGUAACUUUAAUCCUCCUCCAGAGCUUCUAGAGUUUUUGAGUCUCGCCAAGGAAAACGGAAAGAAGGUGGUGUAUAUUGGAUUUGGAUCUAUUGUGGUGAAGAACGCAAAGAGUUUGACUAAGGCUAUUGUGGAAGCGGUUCAAGAGGCUGACAUCUACUGUAUUUUGAACAAAGGAUGGUCUGAUCGACUUCUGGAUUCUGAUGAUAAAGCUGAAAAAGAGAAACCUGAGAUUGACUUACCCCCAGAAGUAUUCAAUUCUGGAGCGGUUCCCCAUGACUGGCUCUUCCCGCGUAUCGAUGCGGCCGUCCAUCAUGGAGGCUCGGGUACCACGGGCGCAACACUUCGAGCUGGGCUUCCCACAAUUAUCAAGCCGUUCUUUGGAGAUCAGUUCUUCUAUGCUUCUCGAGUGGAACAAAUGGGAGUAGGGCUUUCCUUGAAAAAGCUCAAUUCUAAAUCACUCACAAAAGCAUUGAACACAGUGACUUCUGAUUUCAAAAUGAUCGAAAAGUGUCGAAGUAUCAGCGAAAGAAUCAACCAUGAAGAUGGUGUAUCUGCGGCCCUUGAAGCUAUCUACUCCGAAUUGGAGUAUGCCAAGCAUCUCAGUAUCUCAAGAAGAGCUCUGGGCUACGAAGCUUCGGGCCUGCAGACUCCUGUUGUUUACGAGCAGAGUGACGAAAGUGACGAGAGUGGAUAUGACGAUGAAGAUGAAAGCGAAGAAACUGAGACGGAUGAGGAGAGUACAGAUAACGAAGAUAUUACUGAGAUCGAAAAUGUUCCACAUCUUGACUACGUGCAAAACCAUAGAAAAAGUCUGGAGAGUAGUUCAGAGGAAGAUGUGGCUAUAGCGACAACGACAACUAACGACUAA